AUGAAGGCCUCUGCGGCAGUCCUGGCCGUCUCCAAAGCCACCAUGGCCGUGGCGGCCGCCAUCGCUUCUGCUUCGUCGGCGUCUGUUCCGACCAUCCACCUCUGCGGCGACAGCACCAUGGCCAGCAUGUCCGGCGCCAUCCAGGGCUGGGGCCAGUACCUGCACUACAGCUUCGACCCGGCGCGCUUCACCGUCGUCAACUCGGCCAUUGCCGGUCGCUCGGCCCGCAGCUACACGCGCGAGGGCCGCUUUGCCGCCGUCCUCAAACAAGUGCAGCCCGGCGACUGGGUCGUCAUUGAGUUUGGCCACAACGACGGCGGCGGGCUCAGCAAAGACAAUGGCCGCUCCGACUGCUUCGGCGCCGGCGACGAGACGUGCCAGACGACGUACGACGGCAAGCCCGAAACGGUCCAGACGUACCCGACGUACCUCAAGCAGGCCGGCGCCGCGUUCCUCAAGGCCGGCGCCAAGCUGGUCCUGUCGGCGCCGACACCCAACGACGUGUGGAGCGACGCGGGCGUCUACUCGUGGGGGCCCGACCGGUUUGCGUACUAUGCGAUGUUGGCGGCCGAAGAGCUCGGCGGCACCAAGGCCGGCGCGUAUUUUGUGCCGCACGGUGCGUACGCGGCACAGGCCAUGAAGGCGCUCGGGUCCGACGUUGUGCGCAAGAACUACCCGCAAGACCACACACACACGUCGCCGUACCUGGCCGACGUCAUGGCGGGCGCGUUCGUGCUCGGUCUGACGUGCGGCACAAGCGACCUCGGCAAGGCUACCCUCAACAGCACAGCUGCCCUGUCUGGCACAUUCCUUGGCGGCUGCAUCGCCUACAACUCCACAGUUCCACUGUAG